AUGAAACCUACCCAGCUAUAUUUUAUUAUAAUUUUUUCUUUCCCUAUCGUCCUAUUCUUCUUGAAAUUUAAUAUAAUAAAUGCCCAAAAAUCUACAUGUGUACCCUUUGAAUGUAAUGAUACCUGGGAUCUAUUUCAAGAUAAUGAUGGGAAGGUGUAUGCCUACAAGGCAUUUGUUCAGGAAUCAAUUAAUUUCUUUGAGGCAAAUGCCUUAUGCCGUGAACAAUGUGCGGAGGUCGUUAGCAUCCACAGUAAAGAAGAGAAUGAAUUUGUUCGAGCAAUUGCUCAACCUCUUUUAGAUGAUUGCCAAAAUGAGAUCAUUUGUAAACCAAGACCUGGUGAGACAAUUCCUGAUUUCAAUCGAAUAUUACACUCUUUCUUCAUCGGCAUGCAUCGCAUACAGUUUGGACGUCUUGGCCAAUGUACAAGAGAUCCAAAUAUUUAUUGUCUUUGGUCUGAUGGAACUCCUUGUAACUUUGGCAAUUAUACGGGUGUAAUUGGUCCACAUGAAACUGUGCCACCUUGGGCUACUGGAAAUCCUAAUGGAAUUGAACGUAUGAACUAUUUAAAGUAACUUGGGUAAGAUAUCAUAUGAUAUGACUUACUAGGGUGCUAAAAUCAUAAAACGGUAUGAGGAUAGGGUAAUUGCUAUGGAAAAGCAAGAUGGAGAUGAUGUCAGGAGGAGGAUGUUCCCUUCGGACACGUAGGUACCGUAAAUACUGUAU